ACAUGUGUACAACAGAACCUAAAUAAAAGUGGUGUUUUGACAAGGACAGGCUAGAGCUGUCAUUAUAACGGUUGGUGUUGUGGCAAGGUGACUUGUAGGUUGCAGUUUGAUAUUUUGUGCUUGGAGUUUGAUACAUAAUCGUUGAGUAAACGCUUUUAUAGUUUUAAUUUGAGAUUGCUACUAUGUCUUCAAGGCGUGCAUUACAUUUUGUCUUUAAAGUCGCCGACCGCACUUUGACAUCGAAAUUUUAUAGAGAAAUAUUGGGAAUGAAGGUGCUGAGACAUGAGGAGUUCCAGGAAGGAUGCGAUGCUCAGUGCAACGGGCCGUACGACAACCGCUGGAGCAAGACGAUGGUCGGCUACGGCCCGGAAGACACACACUUCGUGGUGGAGCUGACGUACAACUACGGCGUCGGCGCGUACGAGCUGGCCAACGACUUCCGGGGCAUCACAAUCCGGUCCAGGGAAGCCGUGGAGCGGGCGAGGGCCGCAAAGUGGCCGCUGGAAGAGAGGGACGGGCUGCACACCGUGGAGGCCCCGGGAGGCUACAAGUUCCACUUGAUCGACGACGCCCAGCCGAAAGACAGAGAUCCUGUGGAAAAGGUAUCACUGGCCAGUUCAAACCUGAAACGUUCCAUUGAAUACUGGAACGGGCUCCUCGGUUUCAAGAUUUACGAGCAGUCGACCAAGUCUGUUCUCCUCGGGAUCGCAGACGACCAAGCUAAACUGGAACUCUAUGACAUUGGCGGGCCUGUGGAUCACGGCACUGCGUUCGGACGCAUCGCGUUCUCCGUGCCCCACGCGGAGCAGCCGGCCAUCAGCGACAAGAUUAAGGCCGCCGGGGGCAAGAUUCUGACGCCCUUGAUUUCCCUGGACACCCCUGGGAAAGCAACAGUGAGAGUUAUCAUCCUGGCAGACCCUGACGGCCAUGAAAUCUGCUUCGUCGACGACGAGAACUUCAGAGAGCUGUCGAAGUUCGACCCCGAGGGGGAGAAGCUCCUGGAUCGAUACAUCGCCAAGGACUUGGCCCGGUCCAAGUGAAGUGGGACUCUGCGUCCCCUAGUGUCGUCUCUUCUCGGCCCGCUGUUGACAUUGAGGGCUACUGCUUUCUGUCCUAUGGCAUUCCUUUUAAUGUAUAGUGCGUUACAUUUAAUCUGGAUUUGAGGAUUAGGUUAUUUAAUAAAUUCACGGGAAAGAAAUUGUGUGCAGUAUUUGAAAUUGGAGAACUCAUUUUUUCCUCCGUGAUGAAUUCUUUGAAUUAAUUGAUUGAUUAUUUAAUUCAACAACAUUGUUCAUUUGAGGCUAGGUCAUUCACUUAUCAUCACUGAACAUUAAUUAAUUAACUCGUGAUUACAAUGCACAAAAUAGAUUUGCGAGUUGUUAUUUCACAAACAAAAGUAAAAUUACCAUGAGGAAAGGAGAGGGAAAAAAAAUUGAUUAUAUUUUACUUUAAGAAUCAAUGCAUCAAGAGAGCAAAAAUCAAUGCAUUGAUUUUUUUUUAUGUUGACUCAGACUGAAAGGAAACAAUUUGCAAGGAAAAAAUGCUCACAUUAACUGAAAUGCACUAUAAAUUGAAAAUACUCAUAGGUGUCACCUAUGUUUUAAAACUUUUAAGUCCUUAAAAAGCUAUGAGGCCUAUAAAUGGUUGCAAAAUUGUUAAAAAUGGUCAUGAAUUUUUAGUGGUAAUUUUUAUAUCUCAAAAAUGUUUCCCCAUUAGUUGUAUUUCCUGGAUCACAUUAACUUUCUCUUCAGACUUAAAUUAGAUGAUGAGAUAAAAAUAAAUAUAUUGUCAAAGUUAAAAUCUAAAAUAACUAAAUGAUACUCAUUUGCUGCAUUUGACUACCUAGGUUGUUUAGUGAUUUCAUAAGUACAUAGGAAGGUUAAAAAAGAGUUUGUCAUCCAUUAGAUAUCCUGUACUUGGGUCUGUUGGAUUAAAGGCUAUAUUUUUAUAUAUAUGUAUAUGUUUGUUUAGAGUAUAUUUAGCAAGAUUUUUGCAUGUUAUCUAGUUUAAGUGUAGUAUUUGUGAUCUUAUUAUGUUGUCCCUGUGCCUUAAUGAAUAUCUAUCUGUGGGAGUGGUUUUUCACCUGUUCAUGGCUAGAUAUGUCUGAUUGUAACUGAAGUUUAAUUCCCCAAGCAAGUGAUUAUUGUUAAAAGUUUUGUAUCUCAUAUCCAAGUCUAUCCCUUGAUCCUAAUGGCAUGAUCCUGCAUAAUUACUGAAUUACACAAUUAAAAGAGAGGUAAAGAAUUAAAACUUGAAAUUAUAGUUGUAAGAUGAUAGGUUUGUUUCAGCCAUAUUAUUUGGCUGUUACUUAAUAUUAUUAUUGUUAUAAUACAUCCUAAUAUUAAUUAAUGAGUUUAUUGAAAAAACCUUGAUAUGAAAACAUUUGUUGCAAAAUAUUAUUUAAGAAUUUUAGGCACCAAAUUUUGCUAAAAUUUACUUUAUAUACUUCUUGUUUUUAAAUUUUACAUUUUGAUAAAAUAUUUCUGAAAAUAUUAUUUGUCAUUGCUGUUAUGAGGUUUUAGUCCAUUUGAUUAACAGGAAUGCAUAUCAAUGGUACCGUAACAUCGUACACAAGUUUUCUGUGGCCACACAUUUAAAAUACAAAGACUUGAAUGUCUGCGUUAGAAUUCUUUAGAGUUUGAAAACUUGCAAGACUGCCGGUAGCACUGUCUCUAAACUAUCACCGUUUCCCCUAGUUUUGGAAUGAAAUUUUCUUUGACUAUUCAAGUUAACGUUUAUUAUUACAUUGAGUGGAAAGUUUGAUGUAUUUUACACUGUGCAAAUCAUGUGAUUUGUGUACUAUAGUACCAUAAUCACCCAUGGAAUACUUAUCCGCAUGUAUUGUCCAGUUCAAUACUCAAAUGAAUGACUGAUAAUGGUGAUAGUGCAUUUCAGUAUUUUUUUGUUGUUGUGGCAAUAUUCAGGGUUAUUAAAAAUAUGUCUAUUACUUUUUACUUUUAUUUGAAUGUGCUCUCUAUAAUUGUGAUAUUUAAGUUUUCGUAUGAAUGGGUGUUAGAGUGAAACUUUUGUUUAGUCUGAAUUAAUUAAGAACAUUUUACAACAAAUUUAUUAGUAAUAAGUAUUUUUUAACUUCCUGUUAUAUUUUUCUUGGCCUUGUAAAUAUCAUGUCAGGUUAAUUGAUGAGAAGAUGUAUGGAAAUAUUAAAAUCAUUUUAAAGAAAGUAUGUAGCGAAAAUAUUCUGUCUACAAUCACCUUGUUAUAACCUAUCAUAUGCAAUUGAAGACAAUGAAACAUUUUGUGUUCUUGGAAUUAAAACUUUAUUAUAAUGACACCUUAAUACAGUUGUGUUUCAACUCAGGAUAAACAAACUUAAUUAUACAUACUGAGGUGUACAUUUUGUGUCUACCUAAUAAUAUUGUUAUAAAGUACAUCAGCAUUAAAACUCAAAAACUUGUUUUCCGAGUUAUGAAACUUUAGUCCUAAGGCAUCAUAAUGAUAUUGUGACCAUUUUCCUGUCAUGCCAAGGUUUUUGACCAACUUAGUGUAUGUCAUCUAAAUUUUAAAUGCAAGUUUUUAUACCAUUCUGUGUAUCAUGUUGUGGAAAAACCAUGUUGAUUGUACACAUUACCUUAAGUUGCCACAACAGUGACUAGCGAUACGUGUAUGUUUUACAAUUUUUUCCUAUUAUGUUUUUGUGCUCAGAAUGUUUUGUUAAUUAAGAAGGUAGUACUUAUUUUUGAGUUACAGAACUAAUGUUAUUUUUAGUGUAUGUUUAAUAGAGUGCCUCAUAAUUGGUCAGUUUUUAGGGCUUGAUUUUUUUUUUAAUCAUCCUCAUCCACAGUGUUUUGUUCUUACAAAAAACAUCCUGUUCAGUUACAUUGCAACCUAAUUUUUUCUUGUUGUGAGGUUCUGUAAAUGAAUUGAUUUACAAAUUAUUUAAAUUGUAGUUCUAGUGGCUGAAGUGUUAUAUGUAAUGUAGUUGUACUUAAUGAUUGAUAACCAAAAUGCAAACUCGUUAACAUGGCCACAGUAUAUACAAUGUGCAUACUCCUAGUUUCAACAUUACUCCAGCCAAGUAGAGAUCAGAUGUUUAGUAUCGCUUAACACUUUCAAAACUAUGCUGCAUUUAUAUAUGUUUGGUUCCUGUGUGCACUGAUCCCAUUUUGCAUUUAAAGUUAUUAUUGGUUUAUUGCCAAUGUGAUUAAAAUUGUAAGCUAUAGGAAUGAUUUUUUUUAAUAGCAUUUUUGAUACUCCAAUGUCUCCAUGAAUCCUUUUUUGUGUCAACAAAUGGUGUAUGUUAUUUCAUUUGUGCAAUUUUUGGCUGUGUAGUGUAUUGGUGCAGGGUGGAAAAUUAUUUCCUUCCAAGUUUUUGCUUAAAUAAAGCAUUUGUGCAAUACAAAA